AUGGUCAAAGUUAAAGGAAAGAAGGGUACCUUAACCCAGGGCUAUGACAAUAAGGUCUCUGAUCUCAUUUAUCGUAUGCUCGAAGAAAAGACUGUUGAAAAGAAGAAGUCCAAUGUCAUCAAAAAGCAAGAGUCAAAUGAUAUCGGUGAAAGUUAUGAUAGUUCGGAAGAAAUGAAUGACCUCGCGGAUAUAUACUUAGCUCGUGAUUUGAACUUCGGUGAGGUUAUGGGAUUUAUUCAAUCUAGAGAUUUGUCUAUGCAGCGGGUUAAAAAAGUUGUUUUAGAGAAAACCGUUGAAAGAGUUCUCAAACAAAUCAUUGAUGAGGAAAAUGAGCAGUUUGCAGCAUACUUUGCCGUUGAGAAUACUGAUGAAGAUGCAAUGAAUGUAGAUGGCGAGGAUUUAACCCAGAAAAACAUGAUGAUAGCUCCCAGUGACAACUCCAUGAACAAAAGCAUUACGAGCCAAUGGAACACUGGUAAGAAAGAAAACUCUGACGAGAAACCCAAAGACGAGGAGAAAAAACUGAAAAAGCGGGCAAAAGAAUCUACCACUAAGUCUAAGAGACAGAAAACUCAGGAAGAUAGAAGGCCACCUUUGACUAAUUUGUCCUCCCUAGGAGGUAUGGAUGAUGUUGUUGCUCAACUAAUGGAAUUAAUCGGACUACCAAUACUACAUCCCGAAAUAUUUGCAUCAACUGGUGUAGAGCCUCCUCGAGGAGUUCUUUUGCAUGGCCCACCAGGUUGUGGUAAAACGUCGAUCGCCAAUGCCCUGGCUGGUGAAUUACAGGUUCCAUUUAUUUCCAUAUCUGCACCUUCGGUGGUAAGCGGAAUGUCGGGAGAAAGUGAGAAAAAGAUCAGAGACCUUUUUGAGGAAGCAAAGAGUCUAGCGCCUUGUUUAGUAUUCUUCGACGAGAUUGAUGCGAUCACCCCGAAGAGAGAUGGAGGAGCACAGAGGGAGAUGGAAAGAAGAAUAGUAGCACAGCUUUUAACAUCAAUGGACGAAUUAUCUUUUGAAAAAACUGAUGGAAAGCCAGUAAUUAUAAUUGGUGCUACGAAUCGACCUGAUUCACUAGAUCCUGCUUUAAGAAGAGCAGGUAGAUUUGACAGAGAGAUAUGCCUGAAUGUGCCUAAUGAAAUAUCGAGACUGCACAUCUUAAAGAAAAUGUCUUCAGGUUUAAGAAUUGAUGGCACAAUUGACUUUUUGAAAUUGGCAAAGUUAACUCCUGGCUUUGUCGGCGCCGAUCUAAAAGCAUUGACAACUGCUGCAGGGACUUGUGCAAUAAAGCGUAUUUUUCAAACUUACGGUUCAAUGGCUGCUUCAUCCGAAAUGGAAGUCGAUGGUAGCACUAGUACGUCAGAAGUUGAAGACCAACUGAAAAAUACCGUUAAUAUGAUUGACCCGCUGCCUUUAUCCACAAUCCAAAAAUUUAUCCAAAAUUUUCCAGAACCUCUUUCACAAGAACAGCUAGCCACAUUAUCAAUCAAAUACGAAGAUUUCUUAAAAGCGCUUCCCACAAUUCAACCAACUGCUAAAAGAGAAGGAUUUGCAACUGUUCCAGAUGUUAGUUGGGCGAACAUUGGUGCUUUGAAUAAGAUACGUGUCGAACUUAACAUGGCUAUUGUUCAGCCCAUAAAGAGGCCUGAACUCUAUGAAAAAGUGGGUAUAAGUGCUCCUGCAGGUGUUUUGCUAUGGGGCCCUCCCGGCUGCGGUAAGACGCUACUUGCGAAAGCCGUUGCUAAUGAAUCAAGAGCAAAUUUUAUAUCGAUUAAAGGUCCAGAAUUGCUCAACAAAUACGUGGGUGAAUCUGAAAGAGCAAUUAGACAGGUCUUUACUCGUGCCCGCGCUUCCGUACCCUGUGUUAUAUUCUUCGAUGAACUUGACGCCCUUGUACCGAGAAGAGAUACCAGUUUAUCAGAAGCUUCCUCCAGGGUGGUGAAUACAUUAUUAACAGAACUAGACGGUCUCAACGAUAGAAGAGGUAUAUUUGUAGUGGGUGCAACGAACAGACCUGAUAUGAUUGAUGCUGCGAUGUUGAGACCUGGUAGACUAGAUAAGACAUUGUUCAUCGAGCUUCCAAAUUUUGAGGAAAAGCUUGAUAUUAUAAAAACGUUAACCAGAACAAAUGGGACUCCAUUAUCUAGUGAUGUUGACCUUGAAUCCAUCAUUCGUAAUGAAAGUUGCAGAAAUUUCUCUGGUGCAGAUUUAGCCGCUCUAGUCAGAGAGAGCUCAGUAUUGGCAUUGAAAAGAAGUUUUUUCAAAAACGUAGAAAUGCAUUCAGUGAAAGACAACAACUUAGACAAGGAAUUUGAAGAUUUGAGCACGUCGGCAACUGAGGAAGUCCUUGUAACAUUUCAAGAUUUCCAAAAUGCCCUGAAAAAGAUCAAACCAUCCGUCAGUGAUAAAGAUAGAGUUAGAUAUGAGAGGCUAAACAAAAAAAUGGGCUGGGAUGAGAACACGGAAGACGAAAGCAUGUGA